UGUUUGUUCGAGCUGUCAUGGCGCCUGCAAAUCAGCCUGGAGGGGGUUGGAUGGGAUGGACAGCAAAGGUAGCUCCCUGCCUUCAAUGCCAGAACCAGCCAGCCCAAUCAGCAUGAAGCAGCCGCCAGAGUCCCUCAGUGUACGGAAAGGAGGGGGGGACAUGAGCAGUGACCCUGCUUUACUAAUGGACAAAGCUGCUGCCCAGCUAGCCGCCACACUACAAGAUGGCCUUCAGAAGAUGGCUGGCCACAAUCAUAUCAACCAUAGCCACGAGAGGCUCAAAGAUCUCACCUCCCUUAUGCUGAAUGGAGACCAAGACACGCUGCCUAAGCUUUGUGCACCAGACCCACCUAUUCUUAAGGGUGCUGAAGCCCCAACUGCGAAUGGCACCCAUCAACACAAUUGCACUCCUCAUACUGAACAUGACCUGAAGGAACAGCAGCCGCUGUUUGAGCCAUGGUGUGCCAAUGGGACCAGUUUGGCCACAGCCACCGAAGGUACUUUAUCAGGACCUGAAAAGAGACAUGACUCAAAGAAAAGUAGGGGGGGACUUAACAAACCACACCUGAGUUCCUCUGCUAUCCCUGUGGAGCCACUUGACAACACCAAGGCUGUAGAUGGAGAUGGAUCAGCUGAAAAGGCUGAACUCAUUGCAGAAGUGCCGGAGGAUAAAAAAGAAUCCCCUCUGCUGAUCCGUUUUUCUGUUGGUGAUUUGGUUUGGACCAAAGUGUCAGGAUACCCCUGGUGGCCUUGCAUGGUGACCACAGACCCAGAAUUCAACAAUCACAUCAAACAGAAACAGAAAGCCGUCACUAGCAGGUAUGGACCCCUCUACCAUGUGCAGUAUUUUGGAGACGCUCCAGAGAGAGGCUACAUCUUUGAGAAAAACAUGGUGACCUUUACUGGGGAAGAUCAAUACGACAAGCUUAUCCAGCGCAACAAACGACCAGCCUCCCGUGUCAUCCACAAAAAGAUUGCUCCCUCUGUGCCCCGUAAAUUCCAGGCUCAGUGGAACAUGGGUGUCAUUCACGCUAAGGAGGCCUUCAGCAUGUCACUGCACGAGCGCAACGCAAACUUCACAUUUCUGUAUGAUGAGGACGGUCCUCAUCUGAAUCCCUGCACCCUGGAGAAGUUGAAGCCAGAGCAACCGAGCAACGCGCAGGCCCAGGAGACAGAAUCGAGACUCAGCCCAGAACCCCCCUCCCUGAUAUUGGACGCCGACGACGACCCCACAGCUGCCCCGCAAUCCCAAGAAAGCACUUCCACAGAGAAAAAGACACGAGCACCCAGAAAAAAACUCAACUCAGGAGGAAGCCGAAGAACAAACAAAGGCCCUCUAAAAAAUGUACUGCUGAAAAAGACACUUUCUUCCAAAGAUGUGAUUCAUCCGCCGCCAGCCUCACAGGGUCCCACCACUUCUGCACCAGAUCUAGAAGCUGAAUCAGUCGUACCUCAGAAGAAAAAGCGAAGACCUCGGCAGCCACAGCCUCUGCCUCCCACAAAGACCGUGAGCAGACGGAACAAAUCUGCAAUGGACAAAACUGCCCCUGUAAAGAAAAGGAACUCAAAGCUGGUUUCUUCGACAGACAAUUCAGAGCCAGUCCCCCUUGCAGUUUCAGUUCCAGUCAAGAAGCAGCGAAAGAGGAUGCCUAAAAUCCCACCAACAGACGCUACAGCGAAUACAGCUCAGCCGCCCAAAAAGAGACGUAAAACCACCAAAGAUGUUGAAAAACAGGCUUUGACUACAGAAGGCACAGAAAAAAAGCAGAGGAGAAUAAAGAAACCGGACAGAGAUGUAGCAGAACCCAAGAAGAGAAGCACAAAGGCAGCAGCGCUCCUCACUGAAAACCAAGACGCGGAGAAACCAAAGCGUAAAAGGAAAAGGAAGACGGAUGGAGAACUCACGCCCUCUAAGGCGAAGAAGAGGAGGACGUCCCCGUGUCCGGAUCCCGAGGGUUCUGGGAGCGAAGGACGUCCUGAUUCUCCGAUUGACAGCUUGGACGGGAUAAAGAAGGGCGAACGGAAGAAAGAGUUUGUCUGCCAGGUAUGUGAGCAGGCUGGUGAGGACCUGGUUCCCUGUGAGGGUCAGUGCUGUGGGAUGUUUCACCUCCCCUGUCUGGGUCCGUCAGUCAAACCCGACGAGAAGCUGCUGUGUCAGGAGUGCAGCACAGGGAUUCACUCAUGUUUCCAAUGUAAGCAGUCUGAUGGGACAGUGCGUCGCUGCCACGUCCAGCACUGCGGCAAGUUUUACCACGACGCGUGCAUCAGCCUCAACCCCCUCGCUGUGUUCGACAACAAAGGCUUCCGCUGUCCACUGCACGCCUGCUUCAGCUGCCACUUCGGCUGCAGGAACAAGCAGAAGUCCACUAAGGGGAAGUUGAUGCGUUGCCUACGCUGCCCCGUGGCGUACCACGUCGGUGACCUGUGUGCGGCUGCGGGAAGUGAGAUGGUCACCAACGCGGCCUUCAUCUGCACCAACCACUUCAGUGCCAAGAAAGGCUACAGGCACCACACACAUGUGAACGUCAGCUGGUGCUUCGUCUGCUCCAAAGGAGGGCAGCUGCUGUGCUGCGAGUCUUGUCCGGCAGCGUUCCACCCCGACUGCCUGAACAUCGCUAUGCCUGAUGGGAGCUGGUUCUGCAACGACUGCCGGGCCGGAAAGAAACCCAAAUACAGAGACAUCAUCUGGGUCAAACUGGGAACAUACAGAUGGUGGCCCGCAGAGAUCCAGCACCCCAGAAGCAUCCCCACCAACAUCCAGCACCUUCGCCAUGAGAUCGGAGAGUUCCCCGUCUUCUUCUUCGGCUCCAAGGAUUACUUCUGGACUCACCAGGGCCGAGUGUUUCCCUACAUGGAGGGGGACCGAGGCAGCAAGCACCAGAGGACCGGCAUCGGCAAAGUCUUCAAGAACGCUUUGCUGGAGGCUGAAGCUCGAUUCAAGGAGAUCAAAAUCAAACGAGAGGCCAAGGAAGCACAAGAGAACAGCCGAAAGCCCCCCCCUUAUAAAUUUAUCAAGGUGAACAAGCCGUACGGUAAGGUUCAGGUCUACACUGCGGACAUUUCUGAGAUCCCAAAGUGUAACUGCAAGCCGUCAGUGGACAGGCCGUGUGGGUUUGAGUCCGAGUGUCUGAACCGCAUGCUGCAGUACGAGUGCCACCCUCAGGUGUGUCCCAGCGGGGAGCGCUGCUGCAACCAGGACUUCACCAAACGCCUCUACCCGGAGACCAAGAUCAUCAAGGCGCCUGGGAAAGGCUGGGGCCUGAUCUCUCUGCGGGACAUCAAGAAGGGCGAGUUUGUGAACGAGUACAUCGGAGAGCUGAUAGACGAGGAGGAGUGCAGGGCGAGGAUCAAGUACGCCCACGAGAACAACAUCACUGAUUUCUACAUGCUCACCAUCGACAAGGACCGGAUCAUUGACGCGGGUCCGAAGGGGAACUACUCCCGCUUCAUGAACCACAGCUGUCAGCCCAACUGUGAGACGCAGAAGUGGACGGUGAACGGAGACACGAGGGUCGGACUGUUCGCCGUCUGCGACAUCCCAGAGGGCACUGAGCUGACCUUUAAUUACAACCUGGACUGCCUCGGGAAUGAGAAGACGGUCUGCCGCUGCGAAGCUCCAAACUGCAGCGGUUUCCUCGGGGAUCGGCCGAAGAACUCAAACGGACAGACAGCCGACCCCAAAGGGAAGCGGUUGAAGAGAAAGUACAAGAGGAAGAAAGCGGAGGGGAAGAAGAAGUCUGACGACGACUGUUUCCGCUGCGGGGACGGAGGGCAGCUGGUGCUCUGCGGCAAGAAGAUGUGCAGCAAGGCUUAUCACCUGACCUGCCUGAACCUCACCAAGAGGCCCUUCGGCCGCUGGGAUUGCCCCUGGCAUCACUGUGACGUUUGCGGGAAAACCUCGGAGGCUUUCUGCCAGCUCUGUCCCAACUCCUUCUGCAAGGCUCACCAGGAGGGGGUGCUGCGGCCCUGGCCCCCCACGGGACAGAUGUGUUGUCAGGAGCAUGAGGAGCUGGAUGGAACGAUCACCCAGGAUCAGGUCCUCAACUCUGGGACCAACGCGACAACAACGACCGUUACUACUGCCACUGUCGGCGGCCGUCCUGCUAAAGGCUCCAGGAAGGCAGGAGGAGCCCCCGCCAAAGUAAAAGGCUCCAAGAGGAAAGCAGCAGAGGCCUAAAAGUGACUCUGACACAUGCUUCCUGGACAGAUGUAAACCCGGCUUACUCAUGUCUCUCAAGAUCACAAAAACCAAGGCACUGUACAUCUUCAUCAGGGAAAACCGCUGAUCCCUCACACGCUCGGCAGCGGCCUCAAACGUUUGUUAUUUUCAAAACAUCUUCAGGUUUAUUUCUCUUCUCUGCACUGAGGCGAACCAUCUGUGGUAAAACACGAAGCAGCAAGAGUGCAGGUUAGAAAACUACAGCUAGUUCUACUCUCAUUCAUCUCCCAACACGACUGCCUUUUAUGGUCUUCCUUUUACUCUUUUAUUUUACUACAACUAAAGGAAGCAGUGAGUUUCAGCAGAAAGUAAAACCAAGCAGCACUGUAGCCCCCCCCCCUGUCACUCAGCACAGAUCAUCAGCAGAGUUUUUAUAGCUAUAUCUAUAUAUGUGUAUAUCUAAGACCAAAAUUCUGAUUACUGGAACAGUGUAAAACAUCACACAGGUUGCCCAAACGUUUUAUUUUUAUAUAUAGUAUAUAUGCCAGAUGUAAAACCAGGACACUAUGGCUUCAGGUGACCUCCUUUUGUUUCGUUAGGUUACAUUUAACCCUAGACAUUUGUUUGCUUUCUUUACAACCUGUUGUUUUUAGCUCAGUCUUACCGUUUAGAGUCGGAUUAUUUUUAUGUAGGGAUCAGGAUGCUGAACGAUGGCGCUGCCUGCAUGUCCGGAAAGGGUUCUAAAAAGUAUUGAACGAAGAGCGCUCUUAAACUGCCGCCUUAAACCGAAAACACUACUGGGUCUUCACUGCUAAACCAGAAACAUGAAGGAAUACGAGUGAUUUUUUUUUUUUGAUCGAGAUCUAAGACUGAAGCUUAAUAUGUUGUUUUUAAAAAAAAUGUCAUACACAUGCUGAGACCUCCCAGUGUCACCUUGCAGAGCCUUUGGAUAGUAAAAUCAGUCCUAUUUGAUCUGUAGAUUUAGCUUUUAAAAGACAGACCUCUAUUGUUUUUAUUCCCAAGAGAUUUGAAGUCUCAAACGGCAUCCUGUUUAAACCGUUUUAAAACGGCACACUGGCCCUUUUAAAAUUGAGGUGAUGAAGUCCCUUAGACUAGAGAAAAUGGAGCCGAGUCUAAAAGGGCCCGCAUACUCCGAGCUCUGAACCACUUCAGAUGCACAUUUGAUCCGUUAAAGAUGCAUGUAGCGAGAAGAUGCUGGAAAAAAAAAAAAAGCUUGCUCUUCCUUUUCCCUUCAAAAUGUGGAGGUGAUGCUUGUCUCACCAUUUUAAUAUUCAAGUCUGCAUCUUCGAGUCAUCGGGUUCCCUUUUUUUGGGGUGGGCUAACGACGGUUUUGUCUCUAUGGGCAAUUCUUCUACCGCUUUUAUUUCAUAUCAUGUUUAUAGUAAAGAAAAUCAACCUUUUUCCAUCUUUAAUAUCUGGUUCAACAAACAGGUGGCCAGUUCAUCUUAAGGUUACUGUCUGUGCUUUAGUUUUCCUCUCAACCCUCUCCCAGAAAUCCACUUUUUAGUUGUACAGAAGUGACAGGAGAACACUGUUGGUUUUUUCGUAUCUGCACCUUUUUUUUUUGUAUGUUUUUUUUAAGUGUUUUCCUUUUUCCCAGGGGCGUGUGAAUGCAUCACGACCGGGGGUGCAGCGAGUGUCGUACGAGUAUUUUUCCACUUCCUUCGUAUCCUAACGUUGACUUGUGUUGAGUGAAUGUAGUCCAGCCAGUUGUUUUUGUAAGCACUGUAAACUCUGUAGAGCUGUAACCUCUGAGUAGGGCUUUCAUCCUGUAACUACUGUUCUAGUAACCCAGAGACUAAUAUGUACAUACUGUAUAAGUGGUAAUAGUGAUGCAUCUAUUGUAAAUAUCAUACAGUUCCUCUGACAUUGUAUGUUUAUGGGUUUUUUUCUUGAUGCAGUGCUGAAACACUUUGUGCAGGAUCUCAUGUCUGUUGAAUCGUGCAAUAAAAAGUGAACAAACA